AUGAGAAGUACUAGGUAUAAUCUUACGUUACUACUGGUCAUGGUUCUGAUCUCGGCGGUAUUGGUCUCAAAGCUUAGUUUUGCAGCGUUUGUGAGCAUCGAUUGUGGAGCAUCCGAUCCUUACACUGAUGAAAAUAAGAUAACAUGGGCAGGAGACGAUGGUUAUGUGCAAAGUGGUGAAUCCCAACAGGUUGAUCAGCUUUACUCAGAAGAUCAUGUGCUCAGCACUCUCAGAGUAUUCCCAACUUCAGGGAAUAGUAAUUGCUAUACCAUCGGCGGUCUGCAGAAAGCUGAAAGAGUUCUCGUUCGUGCAACCUUCCUCUAUGGCAAUUACGAUGGACAAAACUCUCCUCCCACCUUCGACCUCUACUUCGAUGGAAACCUCUGGAUAACGAUGACAUUGUCAGACUACACAGAAAAUACAUAUGUUUUUACUGAGGCGAUAUACAUCGUAAGUGGAACUGCUACUAGCAUAUGCCUUGCUCAAACGAUGCCUAAUCAGAUUCCCUUCAUAUCCUCGCUUGAGCUGCGUAGCUUGGGCCCGGAUAUGUACAGUCAUGUGGGUGCAAAGUAUUUCUUGUCUACAACAAAUAGAGCUACUUUUGCAAAUCAAUCUGUCAGGUAUCCUGAUGAUCCUUAUGAUCGAUUAUGGACUAAUUAUGGAGCUGAUGGCCAAUCUGCGGAGAUCCUGACAAGUGAUGCUGCUAUUGAUGUUAGUACCGCAGAAGAUCAGCCUCCACAGGCUGUGCUGAAAAAUGCAUACGCCACUACAAGCACUAGUUUGGAUCCUACUUUGGAUACCAAGCUUCCAGCAGGAGAAUUAGGCAAUGUCUAUGUCAUUAUGUAUUUCUCUGAAGUCACUCGGUUAGACUCAACCCAGACAAGAUCCAUUCAAAUUUAUAUUGACAACAAUCCUUAUUUAGACCCCAUCAUCCCACCUUAUGGAAGCGUAUUGGAGGUGUCCAUCACUAAUGUGGUUGCUUCUCCAUCGACGAGCUUCUCUGUGCAGGCUACCCCUAAUUCCACUCUUCCUCCUCUCCUCAACGCUUACGAAGUUUAUACGAUAAUACCGUAUGGACGAACAGGGAAAGAAUAUGUGGACAAUGGGACGUCACCACCGCUAUCAAAGACUCCUCCAUCGCCAAAAUAUUCACCACCAACACCAGUUGAAAGUGAUCUGCCGCCACCGCCACCAUCGAAGAGUACUCUUUCGCCGCUAGCAAAUUAUUCACCUCCACCGCCGCCAGCAGAUCUAAAUGAGACUCCACCACCACCACCGACGUUCCAAGAUGAAACACCCUUACUGAGUGGUAACGAGAAGAUCCAUAUUGACAAGCUCCUGAUCAUAUUGGUAGCCGUAAUCCAAAUAUUCCUAGUUGUUCCAUAA